AUGACACGACGCAAAAGUCAAGUUAAUAAAAAAUUCUCUAGUUCUAAUAAAAUAAUCAUAAAGGAACCAAGACUCGUUCGUGUAGGGAAUACAUGGCAGAGAAAAGAGAUUAAAGAAGUUAAUAUUAUCGACAAUAAUAAACCUAAUAGGUUAGUUAAAGAUGGAAAUAAAUGGAAAAGAAUCGUCCCUUCUAAAAACGAAAAUGUAUCACCGAGACAAAAUAUAUUUGAAUUAAUCGUACCUCAAAAUAAGGAUAUGAGAUUAUCAAAUUUAGAACCAUUAAAAGGAGAAAGUGAAUCUUUGAAACGAAUGUUUGAUCUGAUUGAUGAUGAAAAUCUUCCUUCAAAUGAAUCUUCAAAAAAAUUCAAAUUUUCGAUUGAAAAUAAUUUAUAUCAAUAUAAACUUUCACAAAAUACAUUUCUUCCAGUAGGAUUUCAAAUAGCGGAAGAAAUAUUAGGAUACCUUGAUGUAGAAGAUUUAAUAUCCGUAAGUUUAACUUACAAACCCAUUCAUAAAUUUAUUACAAAUUCAGAGAAAUUAUGGCAAGAAUUAUAUAAAGAAUUAUCACCAGGAUCUAUUAGUUCUAUAAUGAAACCAUUAAUUAUGAUACAAUCAUUAGCAUCACCAGAACUUAAACCAUCCGUAGCAUGGAAAAGACAAGUAUUUAAUAGAUUAAAAUAUCGACCAUUUUAUUUAGCAUUUACAUAUUUAGAUGAUCCAAAUGAUUUUACUAUAUCAUUCCCAGGAGUUUCUUAUGAUCUUUCAACGGUACAUAUUGAAGCUUAUCAAUACGCAAUAUAUGAUGAAGAAGAAACAUUUUCUCCAGCUAAUUUUGUUCAACAUAAUACUCAAAUAUUUGAUUCAUUACAAGAAGGAUUUAAUGAAUGGAGAAUCGCAAUUGAACCUAUUAAAACUGAAUUAACAAAACCAUUAAAAUUAAAAGAUAAUGAUGAAUUAUUCAUUGUAUAUAAUUAUAUGGAUGUUAAUUCGAUUUUUCAAUUCAAUUUUUUGAAAUUAUUUGAUAAUAUAAAUGAGGCCAUUAAAUUUGCCGAAUCUUUUAGUGAAUUAAAUGAUGAUGAUGAUUAUUAUCAUAUUAAAAAUAUUAAUCAUAGUGGUAAAAUUUUUGAUUGUAAACAAAAAUUUAUCAAAGAUUCUAGAAUCGCUAUUGAUAUCGUAAAAUUUUGGUCUAAAAUUCAUCAAAAUAGAAAUUUACCAAAUUCUUUUAUUGAAGAUGACAUUAAGGGGAAAGGAAAAGAGGAAGAUACGGACGAUGAUGCAAAUGGUAGUACAAAUUUCAUUGAAAAGUGGAAACAAAUGGGAUUAAUGGAUAAAACUUAUAUACAAGAAGUGAUUGAUGAUAUAAUUAAUAAAACUAAUCAAAAAAAGAGAUCAUUUAAAGAUUCCAUGCUAGAUAUGGAGUUAGGUGAAACAUCUUCAAGCAGAAAUGUUAAAAGAAAAAAAUGA